AUGUUGUGGAAAAAGAAACUCUUCUGUCACCAGUUCAGGUUGAAGCAGGUCAGGUGUCCUCUCAGUGUGGGGUCAGAGGUCAGGUCAGGUGUCCUCUCAGUGUGGGGUCAGAGGUCAGGUCAGGCGUCCUCUCAGUGUGGGGUCAGAGGUCAGGUCAGGCGUCCUGUCAGUGUGGGGUCAGAGGUCAGGUCAGGCGUCCUCUCAGUGUGGGGUCAGAGGUCAGGUCAGGCGUCCUCUCAGUGUGGGGUCAGAGAUCAGGUCAGGUGUCCUCUCAGUGUGGGGUCAGAGGUCAGGUCAGGUGUCCUCUCAGUGUGGGGUCAGAGAUCAGGUCAGGCGUCCUGUCAGUGUGGGGUCAGAGGUCAGGUCAGGCGUCCUGUCAGUGUGGGGUCAGAGAUCAGGUCAGACGUCCUCUCAGUGUGGGGUCAGAGGUCAGGUCAGGUGUCCUCUCAGUGUGGGGUCAGUGGUCAGGUCAGACGUCCUCUCAGUGUGGGGUCAGAGGUCAGGUCAGGUGUCCUCUCAGUGUGGGGUCAGUGGUCAGGUCAGGUGUCCUCUCAGUGUGGGGUCAGAGGUCAGGUCAGGCGUCCUGUCAGUGUGGGGUCAGAGAUCAGGUCAGACGUCCUCUCAGUGUGGGGUCAGAGGUCAGGUCAGGCGUCCUCUCAGUGUGGGGUCAGAGGUCAGGUCCUGUUGCGCUAUGCGAUACUGAUACUGUAG